AUGUGGAUUAACAAAUGCACCAAAUUGUUUUUUAAACGUUGGCAAGGAUACAAGUUUCUAAAUACCUCUGCAACAAAGGCAGCAAUCGUUGAGCAAAAUAGGUUCUCACCAGAAGCACCUGUUAUACUUAAGGCGCUCCCAAUAUAUCCUCAAUUUCUUCAAGCAUGGUAUCGUGAUUUCAAGACAAAUCUGCCUUUGGGCAUAAUGGAUGUAGAAAGGCAAGUAUUUGGUGCACCUAUCAGGAAAGAUAUACUUCAACGAGCGGUCAUUUGGCAGCGUGACUGUCUUAGACAAGGAACGCAUUCGACCAAAAACCGAAGUGAAGUAAGUGGAACAACCAGGAAAUGGGCUCCACAAAAGGGCAGGGGUAAAGCGAGAGUUGGUAGUCAUCGUGCACCUCAUUGGAGGGGUGGUGAGUAUUUUUCUUCAAACGAAUAUAAUUCAAAAAAAGAUACACAUAGAAAUAUAUUUGAAUUUCUUGUGACAUGCUCUUUAACACCACGUUCUCACGCAACUGACCUUCCACGUCAAGUCCAAGAGUUAGCCCUACGCUCUGCUCUUGCUACAAAAUUUGCGCAAGAUCAGCUUGUCAUCGUUCAAGACGUGCUUUUAGAAACAGAGAAAACAAAAGAAUUAAGGGCUAUUCUUGAUAGAAAUGCAUGGGACCCCCUUGCCAAAGAUAGAAAGCAAGGUCAUUCCAUUCUGAUCUUGACUAAAGAACAUAAAUAUAAUUUAGAUCUUGCCUCAAGGAAUCUGCAACGUGUACAUGCUUUGACAGCAGAAGAAAUUCUUGAUGCAGGCGAUGUUUAUAAUAUCAUCGGUCAUGAAAUUUUGAUUAUGGAUAGGGAAGCGACAGAAAUGUUGCAAACAGCAUUGAAGCCUAAAUGA